AUGAACCUUGUAAUGACUACCCUAAUUCUCUCCCUUCUUUUAUCUCUUCUCCUAGCAAUUGUUGCUUUCUGAUUACCUUUAAUGAUACCAGACUACGAAAAACUCUCACCAUAUGAAUGCGGCUUCGAUCCCCUGGGCUCAGCACGACUACCAUUUUCUAUCCGAUUUUUCCUAGUUGCAAUUUUAUUCCUUCUUUUUGAUCUAGAAAUCGCCCUCCUGCUUCCUCUCCCCUGAGGGGACCAGCUUAAUAACCCUCACCUUACUUUCACCUGGGCAACAAUCUUACUUAUUCUUCUCACCCUCGGCCUAAUUUACGAAUGAAUUCAAGGAGGCCUGGAAUGAGCCGAAU